AUGUACGAUGGUGUUACUCAAAAUGUGCAGACAUCAGUUUUUUUUUUGUGGGGAAAUCUUAUGGACAGCCUGAAAGUAUGCGACAUCACUCAUAAUAAGGAAUUUAAUGGCUAUACAUAUUAUUAUUUUUUUGGGUCGGGGUCAGACUUUGCAGUAAUCUUACGAUUAAUCAAUUCUGACUAUAUAUCCGGAGACUGGCAUCUUCCUCCAAUCCUUCACGGCAAAAUGGUGUGUCCUCAAAGAAAUACAAUAUAUUCAAUGAACCAGAUAGACUUCUUCCGUGCCGGCAAAAAGGCCACAAUUUGUGGUCUGACACCGGGACCUUUAAUUUAUGGCAUAGGCAAUUGUAAACAGUCUCUCUAUCAUUCGGCCGGAAAUGCAGAUAAAGAAGCAAACUAUAUCGGCAAUCUGGACUACUAUUGCAACAUUGAAAGCAAAAAUGAAACUGACUCCAGCUACAUAACUGCUGGGCUUGAUGUGUUGAGUGCAUACAGUACUACUGUGGCUAACAUGGCCAUCUAA